GAUGGCGGAGGAUGAGAAGGAAACGACGGACGACCUCAACCCAAAGGAUCCAGGAGACGAAAUGGGGAGAAGUCGGAGGAGCACGACGGCAGACGGGGGUUCGAGUCUCGCUCGCAGGUUGGAGAUCAGCGUCGCUGAGGCCGAGAAGAGAAGCGGCAAAAACACCGUCAACAUGCAGGAGACGUUCACUGUGUACCUCAUAGAGACUCGAUCGAUGGACGCCAUCACUGAGGGCCGGAACCCGGCGCCGGACUCGGUGUGGAGGAGAUACAGUGAAUUUGAGCUGCUUCGAAAUUACCUGAUCGUCACUUUCCCAUUCCUCAUAGUACCGCCCCUGCCCGAGAAGAGGGCCGAGUUUGUGUGGCACAAGCUGUCGGCAGACAACAUGGACCCUGACUUUGUGGAACGGCGCCGGGUUGGGCUGGAGAACUUCCUGCUGCGUGUGGCGUCUCAUCUGGUUCUUUCUGGCGAUGAAAUUCUCUACAGAUUUCUGACCGAGGAACACGGCUGGAAGGAGGUGGUCUAUGAGACGGGCUUCCAGGCUAAAGCAGACUCCAGACUGCGAGCGCUGAGCGCCACCUUCAGGGUGAGAAACCCAGAUAAACGCUUCAUGGAGAUGAAACAUUACAGUGAUGAACUGCAGUCUCACACUUCUCAGCUGCUCCGAGCACGAGCAAAGGUGGCCGACAGACUGUACGGUGUUUACAAGGUCCAUGGGAACUAUGGACGAGUCUUCAGUGAAUGGAGUGUCAUUGAGAGAGAAAUGGGAGACGGACUACAAAGCGCCGGUCAUCAUAUGGAUGCCUAUGCUGCCUCCAUAGACGACAUCUUGGAGGAAGAGGAGCACUAUGCCGACCAGCUGAAAGAAUACCUCUUCUAUGCUGAGGCCCUGAGGGUGGUGUGUCGGAAACAUGAGCUGACCCAGUUUGAACUGGAGGCGGCCACCCAGGACCUCCUCUGCAAGAAGACACAGCGUGAGGAGCUCGCCACAGGGAUUGUUCCGACGUUCUCCUUUAAAGGAAUGACCUCCAAGUUGUUUGGCCAGGAGGCUCCAGAGCAGCGGGAGGCCCGGCUGAAGCUCCUGGAGGAGCAGAUCAGUGAGGGAGAGGAGGCAGUGAAGGAGAAGAUAGAGGAGCGCCGAGAGCAUGUUGAAGGGGCCUGGCUAGACAUACAGCGCUUUAAGAAGGAGAAGGAUAAGGACCUAAGAGAUGCCCUCAUAACCUUCGCCCUUAUGCAAAUCAGCAUGUGUAAAAAGGGAAUACAAAUGUGGAGCAACGCCAGAGAGUGUUUUCUUAAGAUGUAAAGGCUGAGCAGCUUUGCAGCAGGUUUUAUCAGUGGUGAAUUUUGCGGCUCGGCGUCUUGUAAAAAAACUGUUUCAACCUCUUGGUCUUUGAGGAGAAACUGCAGCUUCUUACCUCCAGAUCUUGUUUUUUUUUCUGGAUCCAGGCCUGUGUGGACUUGAUGACUCUCUUAAACUGGGAGACGUGAAUAAUUUUUAUGAAUUUACCAAAAUUAACUGAAG